AUGUAUCAAGAUCAUCAUUAUUCAACUGCCAAAUCAAUUAAAUCAUCGAACAAGAAGCAGUUUAUAAUGAGUGGUGAUGCAAAAUGUAAUUUUUCUUCGUGUACAUGCUCACAUCAUGGAACUGUACAUAGUAAUAAUGAAUUAAUAAUUACUUUCGAAGGAAAAAUAGUUCAUAGUCCAUCAGAACAAAGAGCUCGUCCUGUUCGUGGUAUUCAUCGACUUGCUGUUGCUGAAAAAUUAACAAGUGGAUUAAGUCCUGGUCAAUUACGACUUAAAGAACUAGGUCAUCUAACAGAAAAACAACCUGAAGCAAAAACUUCAUUAAUGCUUGAUAAAGAUUUAACAACUAGUUUACAAAAAAUUAAGGAAGAACAAGCUAAAGUAAUAAAUGUUGGAAAACGAGUUCCAGGAUAUUUACAAACAAUUACGAUCUGUCCACUACGUUUGAUUCAUUUUACUGAAGGAGCACUAAUUUUAUGGAAUAAAAUAGGAAGUAAUGUACCUAUCUCGUGGGAUGCUACAGGAGGAAUCGUUAUGAGUAGAGGAAAGUGA